AUGACAACAAGAAACAACCCAACCACCUGGGACCAGUAUGAGCGGGGAGGAUUCUCCAGGACUGGCAGCACCACGUCCCUGAAUAGGAGCGGCCAGUUCGAGACUGAAUCCCUCCUCGGUCGCAGUGUUGACUCCCGUCAUGGAGAUGACGAAUGGGUUCAGGCUCUUAGACAACGGAGAUCCUCCUUCACAAGCCGUCUCGCCGGCCUUACCGAGAUCGGAGGAGUGAACAGCAUACGCAACUUCACCCGCAGCUGGCAGCGUGCAGCUGGCUUCACUGAGGUCAUCCCUCAGCGACCGUCCUUCAUCUUUGCCGCAGACCAAGCACCUAUCGUCCCCCUUCCCUCCGGAGAUGGUGUAGAACCCGAUGUUGAGGCAACAUUAUCUCCUGUUCGAACCGUCUCAUCCUCCCCUAGGGGUUCUCCUUCCCUGAUCCGCCAGCAACUCGAGGCCGCUGUUGGUCAGCAACCGCAGCAACCUUCUCCUAGAGCACUAAGCCCAGAGCCAACUAGCUAUCCUUUGUACCGAACAUCGAGCCACGAAAACUAUAAGGCUCUCCUUGAAAGCGACCUCACCCCGGCCUUCCGUGUCGGCAGCCACACAAGUCGUGCCUCAGACUUGGGCUCUAUCUUCGCUAUCCCUCCACAUCUCGCGACGCCGUCAAUAGUAGGCAGUUAUGGCUCUGCUAUUGACUACGGGACCAUCCGGUCCAAUAUCAGCCGUCCAUCCAUGGCAGAGGCCGCUGCUAUCUGGCACCAGCAGCAAGAGGUUGCUGGAGCACCAGCUGACAGCGAGCUACCGCCAAUUUUGGUCAAGGAGGUGGAGCAGGAUGGAAAGAUUGUGUUAACUGUCGAGGGACAGAGUACUUUGCCUCAGACAGUGUUCAAUUCUACAAAUGUCUUGAUCGGUGUCGGCCUCCUGAGUCUUCCCAUGGGCAUAAAGUACGCUGGCUGGCUGUGCGGCAUGAUUUCGCUUUUCCUCUGUGCUGCUGUGACGGCUUGGACGGCCAAGAUCCUGGCUCGAUGCAUGGAUCUGGACCCCAGCCUAAUUACCUUCUCCGACAUUGCAUUCAUCUCGUUCGGCCGUAAAGCCAGGAUGGCCACCAGCAUCCUCUUUACACUGGAACUUGUAGCUGCCUGCGUUGCCUUGAUGGUGCUUUUCGCUGAUUCACUAGCUCUUCUGUUUCCUGGUGUUCUAUCCGUCACGGGUUGGAAGAUCGUGUGUGCCCUGAUAUUGAUGCCCUUGAAUUUCUUGCCUUUGAGGCUCCUGAGCUUCACGAGUGUUAUUGGCAUUUUCUCAUGCCUUACAAUUGUUUUGUGUCUAAUCCUCGAUGGCUUCAUCAAACCCACCUCACCCGGUUCCUUGCUUGAGCCGGCGAAGACUUAUCUCUUCCCUUCAAACUGGCUGACCCUGCCACUCUCCUUCGGGCUGCUCAUGUCGCCUUGGGGUGGACACAGUGUUUUCCCUAAUAUCUACCGGGACAUGCGUCACCCUUAUCGCUACAAUCAAGCUCUCAAAAUCACAUUCUCUUUCACUUACCUCCUUGACACUACGACAGCAGUCGCAGGAUUGCUUAUGUUCGGUGACGAAGUCCGCGACGAGAUCACUUCGAACAUCCUGGUUGAAUCCUCCUACCCGCGAGCUCUAACAGCUCUCAUGUGUCUCUGCAUUAGCAUUAUUCCCCUGACCAAGAUCCCCCUCAAUGCCCGCCCGAUUGUGUCGACCGUUGAGGUGCUGUCUGGCCUGCAGCAGCAACUCGUAGACCAUCACGGAAUGGGUCACGGUACCGGUGAUGAUUCUGGUGGUGGCAGCAGCGUGACUGCGGCAGCUUUUUGGAGGGUAGUUAUCCGUCUUGCGGUGGUGCUAACGUUCCUGGUGAUCUCGAUCCUCUUUCCCGCGUUCGACAGCAUCAUGGCGUUCAUGGGGAGUGCACUGUGCUUUACCAUUUGCGUCAGUCUGCCCCUCGCCUUUUACCUCAAGCUUUUCGGCCACGAGCUCUCCGUUAGAGAACGGAUAUUCGCCACCACCGUCAUGAUCAUAUCCAUUGUACUCUCCAUCAUCGGCACAGUCUGGGCCUUCCUCCCAAAGAGCCUGAUUGGAGCCGAAACAGAGUUGUGA